UACAAUAAAACGAAAAAGGUAACAAAUAUGUUAAAUUACAAAUACAUGAAUUAAAACAGUACAUAUGGAUGCUCUAUUCGAGUUAAUGGAACUGGCUAGACUUAAACGUCGUACGAUAACUCCGAAAAGAAGUUAAAAAAGCCGCACUAUGAAUGUGGGUUCAACGAUAAGUCAUCAGCGUGUCUCCUAAUGUAAUAAGAUCAAUUUGUUACAGUAUUCUUCCAAUUUAUUGUUCGUGUCGUAUAAUUGUUUGUUUUCACACAUUCCUGGGGAUUUCAAUUAGAAAUACUCGGCGACAAACUGAGAGGGGAUCAGGGGGGACCAGUAUGAAAGUUUAGACAGCCGAACGUUUCGGUAUCCAAACGGAGAAGGUGCUCGUUGGGGGGUAAUUGCGAACGUCUCCUUCCUGCUAUGACCAGUUUCAAUAAAACUAAUUAUCCUGACAGUUCUUUCGAAGUAAAAAUCGAUGAGCAUAGAUGAGGGUGGAAGUAAAUUGGGUACUAUUACGUGUGCACAAACGAGACGCGCGGAUAAUGAAUUCAAUUGUUUGGUGUGGUUUUUACUGCCCUACUCCUAACUAUGUCGUCCAAUCGGGGAUAAGCGAGGGCGCCCAUCGCUACAUUCGAAAUAUAUAAAUGUGUCAAUAACUGUUCCUCGACACUCAGUCAGUAUUUUUAUUCGCCGCUGCCAAACUGACGAUUAUUAGUGAAUCCUGCCUUUCGUUUUCACCAGUAACCGAUAGUCCCAGAAGACAUGAUGCGAUCGUGUUCGAUGCUGAUCAAUCUAAUCUGCAUUACCGGGUUGUUCUAUACGGUAGUUUCGGGCCAUCCCUUUUCGUUCCUGCCCAGACAUGCCGUCGAACGAGCCGCCGAACGUAGGAGCAUAGGCAGGCAAAUGGUGGACCAUAGUUCGAAUUUUUUGACACCAUUGUCGGAAUACGGGUCACGAUCUUCCGAGAUCAAGCCUGUAGAACCCUGGACCAAAGUCACCCAGCACCCGGUGAACGGCAUUGAGACAACCGUGGGGAGCAGGGUAGAGUUGGAAUGCAAAGCAAGCGGCAGCCCGCCACCGGAAAUCUUCUGGUUCACAGGAAGUGGCAGCAAUGAACAACUCGUCGACUAUGUCAAAACCAGCACACAUUCUUUGUACGAUCCGUCCGAGGAGUGGAAAGGAGUGGCUCGAAUUAAUUCGAAGCUCGUGAUAGAGUGUGUUACUCCGGAUGAUGCUGGAUUGAUCUACUGUGCGUCGGUUUCAGCGAGAGAGGUGAAGAUAUCCACUCCUACGAGGCUGCGGGUUAACAGCGAAGGAGGUAGUGUUAAUUGCAGCUCUGAAAGUGACCCAACGAUCACCCUUUAUUCACCCACAUUGGUAGCUAACAUAGGAGCAACCGUAGUGCUACCGUGCAGGGCAAGUGGGAAACCAACGCCAGAGAUCACUUGGUUGGAUAAUUUUAAUGUACCUCUAAGUCUAUCAACGAAUUUGCGACACAGACUGUUGGACAGUGGUGAUCUAUUGAUAGAAGAACUCUUAUGGGAAGAUAUGGGUGGUUACACUUGUCAAGCUAAAUCCGGACAUCGUCAACAAGUCGUCAGCACAUUCCUCUACCCUUUGCGCCCUGAAAAGGAAGUUCAUCGGACGAACUGAAGAAUCAUGAAAAAACUAAGCCUCAAUUGCUCCGAUUGAUCUCCUUUUCAUUGUAUAACGUGCAAGGCAUAUUGUAUAAAAAUAGUCUUUAGCGCAAAGUUUCGGCGUUCGUUAUCAUUCAAUGGUAUUAUUUCAGUAUACGCACUGUGGAUAAUUUUAUACAAAAGAAUUAUCGUAUUUCUUUAGUAUUGACAACUCGGCAUCGUGCCCGAGAAUUAACCACGCUUCGUUAAGUUACUGUUAAUGAAAUUCAACGGACUAUUUUAUACUUAAAAUUUUAUAAACCAUUUUAGGAUGCCAAAGAAUUUUAUAUUUCAUUAGAAUUAUUAUUUUAAGUGUUUUUAAAAUAGCAAUUUUAAGCUGUUUUAAAUAUUUAAUAUAUAUAUUUAAUCUAUAUAUUGCGGUACCUCUUCAUAGCGAUGUUUCGUAUAGUUUAAACGAAUUAUUUAUUUAUUGUAUAUGUACAAUGAGAGCCGAUCUUAUAGGCAAAUGUAAUGAAGGAUACUUCAUUUAAUAUUAAGAGUAUAUAGUUAUUAAAUCAUAAAUAACCUGGUGAAAUUGUUGCCCUUUUGGCUUCGAUUAUUACUUCGCUUAUUAUUUACUAGUAUUAAUUAUUACUAUUAUCUUAAUUAGUUUAAUCUGCCAUUAUUUUGUUUUUUUUUUCUUUUUUAUUAUCGUAAUAUAUUGUUCAGUUAACUCGCUUUAUUUUUACGUAUAAAUAAAUAUGUGUCCUUUCGUACAAUA